CCGGAAGUAACCAACGGUAUCAGGUGUCAGCACUAAUGGACUGAUUUUUAUGUUUUUAUAUAGUAAUCCAUUUUAAACGGAUAAUCAUGACAAACAUGGGAGACGAAGUGCCUCAGUUUUAUACGUGUAACUGCUUUACGACCGAUAAUAUUUUCUUGGAGGACUACAAGCUCCAUGUUCGCUUUGAGUCUGACCAGCAGUUCAGACAGGACUAUCAGCCACUGCUUAUGAGGCUUGGCUGCGUCACGGACCAGCAGUUUGAAGACGUGCUCAACAAGAUUUCCCAGGAAGUGGACAGAAGAAGGCGGCUAGGUAUGAGUUCUGUUGAGAGAGCUGCUUCAAUAAAACAAACGUACAGGCCACUCCAUCCUCAUGUUUACCAUCUGCAGGAGGCCUACGUUACUCCAAAGCUCAAGCAGAUUGUUCAAUACUGUCGAAGCAGCCUUGCCAGUGAGGAAGGCCUCUUGGAGUUUCUGGAAAAAGAGGCAGCUCCAAGGGUGUAUCGCUUUCCUGUGUUUGAGAAAAGCUUCUGUGAGGCACUGGUAGAGGAGCUGGAGCACUUUGAGCAGUCAUCAGCCCCUAAAGGAAGACCCAACACCAUGAACCACUAUGGGAUUCUCCUUAAUGAGCUGGGCUUUGAUGAGAGUUUCAUCACACCUCUACGUGAGCAGUACUUGCACCCACUCACCUCCCUACUGUUUCCAGACUGUGGGGGUCACUAUCUGGACAGUCACAAGGCUUUUGUGGUCAAGUAUGACAUGAACGAAGACCUAGACCUGAGCUAUCACUAUGACAAUGCAGAAGUCACUCUUAAUGUCUCCCUUGGAAAAGAAUUCACUGAGGGCAACCUUUAUUUUGGUGAUAUGAGACAGGUGCCAGUAAAUGAGACUGAGUGCACUGAGGUUGAACACAGGGUGACUGAGGGCCUCCUCCAUCGUGGUCAGCACAUGCACGGGGCCCUGCCCAUCUCCCAGGGCCAGCGCUGGAACCUCAUUAUUUGGAUGAGAGCCUCACCCGAACGUAACAAACUGUGCCCCAUGUGCAACAGGAAGCCCUCGUUGGUGGUGGGAGAGGGCUUUGCCGACGGGUUCACCAAACACUCCGAGGCAUCGUGUGUGUUAACGUGACAACAUCCAGCUGCUGUCAGCAUUUUAAAGAGACAUGAGGGACUGAAGGAGGACUUUAAAAUGAAUUAAUUUUAAUGACACGUGUUCACUGUAUUCCAAAUUGGAAUGAUAAAUAGUAUUUCUUGUUAUGAGUGUUUGUUUCAGAUGUCCAGUUAAGGGUCCUUUUUUCAUAACAAUGCCUGAUCCAAUCAGUAUGGCCAGAAUUGACACCAUCAUCCACAUCAACUCCAACACAGAAGGUAGUCAAAACUGCUAAUUUAAUGCUGUCAUUCUGUUUAAAAUGGUUGUUUGCCUUGUGUUUGUUUGACUGGCUGCACUCAGGGGCCUGUACAACAAAGCAGGUAAUUAUAUCCAAGUUAUCUUCUGCUUUGGAGUUCUAACUAACCCUAGGAAUGGAAAUCUCACAAAGCAGCGCCCCCACACACACUGUGUCCUUUAGAGAGUUGGUUCGUCAGUAGGCGCUACUUUUACAUGUGUUGAGAUAAGCUUUCUAGCAUUAGUUGCCAUGGUGAUAUACGCUGGUAGGACACAAACCAGCUUUGUGAUGCUGAAAAUCCAGAACUGAACCGAAAUUUAAUUAAAUCAAUUAUAAUAAUUUAACUGUUUACCAGCUGUGUUGGUUGUUCUUGCAAAAUAUUCUUUGUCCACACUCUAGAUCAGACAAAAUGGAAGUGAAUGCACAAUCUGGGUGCUUGAUAUUUUCUCAGAUGCUUUACAUCUGAGUAAAAAAAAAACAAACUUAGUCGCAGUUUGGAAUAACUGAGGUUUAAUUAAACAAAUUUAAU